AUGACUCAACUCCUCGCAACUAUAUCAAGACUAACGUCCAUCCUCUGCCCGACUUCUGACGAAGCUGCCUCAUUCGCAUCCCUCAUCAGAAACUACGGAUUAUCUCGCAUUUUCCUAGAUGAAGACAACGCACCUAACAAUACCGACACACACUCCAAUCUCUUUCUCCGACACAAAUCACUUGACGCCCAGUUUAAACAACCUGGGGCACGCUACCCCGGCGUCGUCCUCGAAGUCUCCUACUCCAAUGACGGAAAGGACCUACCCAAUCUCGCCCGGGAAUGGAUCAUCCACUCUAACGGAGAUACCAAAGUUGUUAUUGGCAUUCACAUCUAUCCCAAAGGAACCAAAGAAUCAACCAUAUCGGUCUGGCGAUCUAACAAUAUCCUUUCGAACGGGGAGGAGAAUGCAUGGAUGGAGAUUGAUCAUGAGGUACCACCCACCCACCACCUUCCACUCUCCUUCCUUCCAUCAGAAUUCAAAAACAAAAACAACAAACUAAUAAACCUACACAACCAGCCCUUCCGAGCCCCCGAUACUUCCGUUCUCAACCCAGCUGCAUCUCUCUAUCUAGAUCUGAGUGACUUCGCCCUCGACGAACUCCAAAAGAUUUCAGCGGAGUACAGCCAGGCAUCAGCAUUAGUUACGAGAGUCUUGCCUCAUUUCUGAACUACGCGGAGGGACUGUGCGGCCUUGGAGAAUCCGGGACUGGGACUAGGACUGGGACGAUUGUUAACCCUCCACAGAAGAAA